CGUAACCUUAAUCACCAACUUGUCGGCUGUUUCUUUAACAUUGGUCGGUAGCAUGUAAUACACCUUUACAAGAUUUUUGGCAAAGGAGGCCCGAAUUUGAGGUGGUACUCCUACCAAUCAAGCAAAGUAUACACAAAGCAGCAGCGAAUCUACAUAAUGCAGCUAAAAGCAAAAAGAAAAGAAAAGAAAAGAAAGCCAAAAAAAAGCUCAAAAGAAAAGAGGGCCUUGCUUGCAGCAAGCACUGGCAAAUCUCUUCAAAUGUGCAGUUCCCUCCACCUCCUCAAUCUCUCUCUCAAUCUGUCACUCUCCUCUGCAACAACCACUCUCUCUCUCUCAAGAAUCUACUGUUCAUUUCCCCCUCCAUUGCUUCUCCUCACCCGUGCUCGCUUGCCUCGCUCUGCGUUCCAAGAAUCCUUGGGGCAAGCGAAGGCGAAGCAGCCUUUGACUCGCCUGACAUGGCCAUGGCGGCCGCCGCAGCCGAGGCGUUCGGCACGGCGGCGGCGACGUCGACGCCGCCGGUGCAGGCGACGCGGCAGGACGUGCAGGCCGCCAUCGCCAAGGCGGUCGAGCUGCGGGCGCUCCACGCCGCGCUGCUGCAGCGCGGCGGCGGCGGCGUAGGCGGCGGCGCCAGCGCCAGCCGCAGCCCGGCCAUCAUCCGCCUCCCGCCGGCCGCGUCCCCCGCGCUCUCCAGGGCGGGGGCGGCGGCGGCGGCGGUGGCCACCGUCGACGAGGACUACCCGGUGUUUACUCCGGCUUACGAUGAGGAGCAAAUGGCCGGACUCAGCCACAUUUGCCAGGACAACCGGAGCCGGUCGGAGAACUGGAGCGGCAUCGCGUUGGGCGGCGGCGGCAGCGGCGACGACGACGACGACGCGGCCUUCUCCGACUACGACAACCUCAACGCCUUCUCGUCCUCGAACAGCGAGCUCCGCUUCCCGUCGUCCACCGACCAUCACCGGCGGCACAAGGUCCACCCGGCGUUCUUGCACUCCGCGCCGUCGGCCGACCGUUUCCUCGCGUCGGCGGGGAGGGCGACCAUGGCCGGCACGGCGGAGCUGCUCAAGGCGCCGUCGACGUGCGGCAGCGCGUUCCGGCCGGCGACGAUCGGCCGGGACCACGGCAUCGACGUCGGGGCCCUCAAGUUCCUCGCCAGCAGCGGCGCGCCGCUCUCGGCGGCGGCGGCGGCGGCGCAGCCCCGGCCGGCGAAGCACAGAAGGGCGCAGAUCCUCUCGUGGCUCUUCCCGAGGGCGAAGAAGAAGGCGAAGCCGAUGUCGCCGAGCGCCAUCGAGCGGGAGAACAUGUCGCAGCUGCUCAAGGAGUGGGGGUUGCUGUCGCUCGACUCGCUCCGGCGAGAGCUCGCCGACGCGAACGCGCACCGCGACGCCGCGCUGCAGGAAGCCGCCGAGAUGAGGUCGUCCCUGGGAGAGCUCACCACCAAGCUCGCCGGCCUCGAGGCCUACUGCUCGGAGCUCAAGAAGGCACUGCGACUAGCGACGAGCUCAACCAGCAACGCUCAACCAUCAUCAUCCUCCAUGUCGAGGAGAUCAACGCGAUCGAUCGGAGCAAGCCAGGAGCUCCCGGGGCCGGUCAGCCAUGAAGCCAUGGUGGAAGGCUUCUUGCAGAUCGCCUCCGAGGCGCGGCUUUCGGUGAAGCAAUUCUGCAAGGCAUUGAUCCAGCAGGUCGAAGAACCUGACAAUGGUUUGAUAGAAAAACUAAACAUUCUUCUCCAACCUUACCAGCUCAUGAUCACUGACAACAAGCAUUGCUCCAAGCUGGUGCUGUACCAUCUGGAAGCUCUGAUGAACCAGGCAAUGUACCAGGACUUCGAGAACUGCACGUUCCAGAAGAACGGCUCGCCACGGUGCCUCGAUCCCAAGCAAGGAUCCCAGGAGAGCUUCGCCUCCUUCGUCGCACUGCGCAACCUGAGCUGGAACGAGGUGCUCAGGAAGGGCACCAAGUACUACAGCGAGGACUUCAGCCGGUUCUGCGACCAGAAGAUGAGCUGCAUUGUGUCCACCCUGAAGAAUUGGUCCCGGCCAUGGCCGGAGCAGCUGCUGCAGUGCUUCUUCGUCGCUGCCAAGUGCGUCUGGCUGCUCCACCUCCUGGCCUUCUCCUUCACCCCCGCGCUGACGAUCAUGCGGGUCGAAGAGAGCCGCGUAUUCGAUCAGAUGUACAUGGAGGACAUCCUACCUGACAAGCAGCAGCUGCACAAUCCUUGUCAGGUAAAGAUCAUGGUAAUGCCGGGGUUCUAUGUCCAAUAUCGAGUGCUCAAGUGUAGAGUGCUCACAACUUGAUAAGUAGCAUAAUUGAGAUUCAUGGCUUAGCUCUCAUUGACCAAUAGCUUGUGUGGUUUAAGUGUAACAAACUUUAUGUUCAGUACAAAGUACAGAAAUGUCAGUGUUGAACAAUAUGUUUGGGAGUAACUUAACAGGCCCAUAAUUGGGAUAAUCCUUAGAUAAUUAUUGAAAUGCUUAUGUAUUCCUCCAAUGGUAUGCUAUGAUCAACAAAAACAUUGCA